GGAUGGGAGGUUUAUAUCUGUAACCCGGACGUUGCAAAAGAGAUGCUCAUGAACCAAGGCAAGUUUUAUUUUUUUUUAAAAAAAAAAGAGUUACACGUAAAAAGAAGCUAAAAGUUUUUCAUGUACUACGACUACAGAUAUUUAUCCAAAAUUGGACAUUCCAGAAGAGGCAAAAAACACCUUGACCGAUAAAUUUAUGGGAGGUCCGAAUAUUGGAUUUUUAAACGGUCAUCAAUGGAAGACACAGAGAAAAAUGGCCAACCCUGCAUUUCACAGAUCGAUGCCAGUCAGAUUAUUUGGCGAGUUGACGAUUGAAAUGUUCAAAGUCAUGGAAACUAUGGGUGAAACCAUCAAUUUUUCAAACUUGACAGAAAGAUGGACUUUGGACGCACUUGGAAAAGCAGGGUUUGGAUUCAACUUUAAUGCCAUCCAGGAUCAACAUAGCCCAUGGGUACGCACGUAUGAUAUAUGCAACGUGGGUAUUCGCGACCCGUUUUUCUUUGUGUUCCCUAAAUUUGACAAGAAAUAUCUCUGGCUAUUUCCUAAACGAAAGCUCAUUCAUGACGAGUUGGAUCGCUUUGUCCAUAUGCUGCAAGAGGUCAUUGACACAAAACGUCUUUCUUUAAAGGACAAGGAUUACAAAAAUGAAGCCUUGGAGGAGAAUGAAAAGGAUUUAUUGACCUUGUUGAUCGAAAGUGAAAAUAGAGGUGAAGGAGCUAUGACGGAUGAAGAAUUAAUGAGCAACUUGCGAUUUUUCUUCAUAGCAGGACACGAUACUACAUCAAGCGCACUGUCGUUUGCAAUACAUCAUUUGGCGCAAAAUCCCGACAUCCAACAAAAAGCAAGAGAGGAAGCAAUUGCCAUUUUGGGGGAUGAACCGGUGGAUGUUCUCCCCACACUUCAAGAAACUAAGAAUAUGACCUAUAUCAAUCAAAUCAUAUUAGAGACAUUGCGUAUCAAUGGGCCUCUUCCCACCAUUGUUCCUCGUUGGACUACUAAAGACACACAAUUAGCCGGAACGUUUAUACCUAAGGACAUGCCUGUUAAUGUCAAUUUGUUCAAUAUUCAUCAUAGUGAAAAGUUGUGGAAAGAUAGUCAUGUAUUCAAUCCGGAUCGAUUUAAAGGAGAGGAAAAUAAGUCGGCUUUUCUAGCAUUCGGAUAUGGUGGAAGACAAUGUAUUGGUAUGAAUUUUAGUUUCAAUGAACAGCGAGUGAUGAUAUCCAUGAUGUGUAAGUUUUUCUCUGCCUAGUCUCUUUUUUUUGUGAACGCUAAAAUUAUAAUAUUCAUUACCAUGUAGUGCGAAAAUUCACUUGGUCUACACCUGAAAAUUCAAUCCAUAAGAACGGCGUAAUUACAGACGGAUUUAUUGCCUUCACUCCCCGCAAUUUGGAUAUCAAUUUCAAAAAGAGAUAUUAAAGGUCGAUCGUCUGAUUUUCAAUUUUACGUUUUGGUGAUACCUCAGUCAUGUAACCAUGAAUUAUCAAAUUUAAAAUAUUAAAAUA